AUGUCUUAUACUCAUGACGACGAUGCAAAGGAUCAAUGUAAUCGUGCAGUGGCUUCACCGGCGAGAUAUGCUCACUUGCAAAUCGAUCACUUGGAUGCUGACGAUUUUGAAAGCGAAGAGGGCGCAAACCUAUCCUCAGCAGGAAGAUCAACAGCUGCAGCGAUAUUGAGGACAUCUCACAUGACUGCGUUCCAAUCCAAGAUCCGCAGACACAAGGCACUCUCGCUUGGAUUAAGAAAAUCUAUCGAAUGUCUCGUGGAUUCGAAAUUGUGGCCGUCUUUCGCCGAGGGCUACAUCUGUGAUAUUAUAUGUGUGGUUCACACGUUUAUCAAAAAGGCAUUGACCAUAUCCUGUAAAGAUCAAAGAUUAGGUCAAAACAUCCUUUCAUUCCUGUUGGACGAACUUAGCGACAAGUAUCGACAGGCGCUUUCGAAAACGAACUUCCUGCUCCGCAUCGAGAGAGAGAGUAAGCCGAUGACGCAGAACCAUUGUUUCAAUAGCAAUCUGCAAAAAUGUCGGCAGGAACGCAUCACUUCCGAGGCGAGGAAGUCAUCGGUCUCCGUGGAUUUCGACAAUGAUCCAAGUGUAGAAUGUGUUCGACUUUCUGACCUAACCCAGAUCCAUCAUGUGAACAAUAUGGAGCAGACUGUGCAAGACAUUCACGAUAUAUUGAAAUUGUACUACAAUGUUGCUCGGAAAAGGUUUAUUGACAACAUGUGCAUGCAAGCGGCGGACUUUUAUCUAGUCACCGGACCAGAAGCUCCGAUGAGAUUGUUUUCUCCCGCUUGGGUCUACGACUUAUCACCUGAGCGACUUAAUAACAUCGUUGGUGAAGGAUCUUCUGUGCGAAGGAAGCGCAAGCAGUUAAGAAAGCAGCUCAAGGACCUUGAGACUGGCCAAAGCAUUCUGGUUUAG